UCCUCAGGAGUACACCUGCUGUUCCAGUGAGACAGAGCAGAAGUUGAUCCGGGAUGCUGAGGUCACCUUCCGUGGCUUGGUGGAAGACAGUGGCUCCUUCCUGAUUCACACGCUGGCUGCCCGCCACAGAAAGUUUAACGCAUGCCGUCAUCUUCAAUAGCCUGUUCUCCGGCCUGCGGGACUACUAUGAGAAGUCUGGCGAGGGGUUAGAUGACACCUUGGCAGACUUCUGGGCCCAGCUCCUGGAGAGAGCCUUCCCUUUGCUGCACCCACAAUACAGUUUCCCUCCUGAUUUCCUGCUCUGCCUUACUCGGCUCACUUCAACUGCUGAUGGCUCUCUGCAGCCCUUCGGGGACUCACCCCGCCGCCUCCGCCUACAGGUGAGGAGGUCCCACAGCCUGAGCUCCAGCAACCUCUGACCCCAGUGACCUCUAACUUAUGAGCAUCUCCAAGGCAACCACCCCCUUUUGUGCCCAUGUCACCUCUGAACUCAUGGCCCGCAUUCUAGCCUUCUCUGAUUGGUGAUCCCCAUCUCAAGCCUUGGUCACCUAGGCCUGACCAGUGCCCCUUGGUCUCCUUUAAGUGCAUUCUUUGCCCUACUUUUAUAUACACACUUGGCCCUCCACCCUCAACUACUUUCUGCCAACACUGCUCUAAUCCUAACAUGGUAACCUGUGGUUCAACUAAAUAAGAAUUGGGCACCAAAGUUGGGAAUCAUUUUCACUUACAGAAUCACAUUGAAUGAUCACUAUAAUUGUUUGAGGUAAAUAAGAGUCCCGUUAUUUUACGGAGGAGAAAAAUGGGCUCCCAGGCAAGUCUCGGAGCCAAUAAGUAGUGAUGGAGGAGCUCACGCCCUCUGUCUUCUAGCUUUAGGUUCAGCGUUCUGAUACACAGUCUGUCUAAACUCUACCAGCUCUUUCCCAAUACCCAGCGCUUUUGAAUCCCCCUCUGUAUAUCACCAAGGUAAUCCCACAAACGCAACCUCCACUCCAGUCCUGACUAACUGAUAAUCAUUUUUGUGGGUUCGUUUUGUUUUGUUUUGUUUUUCUUUCUCAUCUUCUUUCCCUCCAGAUAACCCGGGCACUGGUGGCAGCCCGGGCCUUGGUCCAGGGUCUGGAGACCGGAAGAAAUGUGGUCAGCGAAGCACUUAAGGUACCCAUGUUGGAAGGCUGCAGACAGGCCCUCAUGCGUCUGAUCGGCUGCCCACUUUGUCGGGGAGUACCCUCGCUUAUGCCCUGCCGGGGCUUCUGCCUCAAUGUGGCCCACGGCUGUCUCAGCAGCAGGGGAUUGGAGCCUGAAUGGGGCGGAUAUCUGGAUGGUCUCCUGCUGCUGGCUGAGAAACUCCAGGGACCCUUUUCCUUCGAGCUGGCUGCUGAGUCCAUAGGGGUGAAGAUCUCAGAAGGUUUGAUGCACUUGCAGGAAAACAGUGUAAAGGUGUCAGCCAAGGUGUUUCAGGAAUGUGGGACGCCUCACCCGGUGCAAUCCCGUAACCGGCGAGCACCAGCACCCCGGGAAGAGACUAGCCGGUCUUGGAGGUCGUCAGCUGAGGAAGAACGCCCCACAACAGCGGCAGGCACUAAUCUGCACCGUCUGGUUUGGGAGCUCCGAGAGAGGCUUAGCCGAGUGCGGGGCUUCUGGGCUGGACUUCCCGUUACGGUGUGUGGGGACUCCCGCAUGGCGGCAGAUCUCUCCCAGGAGGCGGCACCCUGCUGGACUGGGGUUGGGAGAGGCCGGUAUAUGUCGCCUGUGGUCGUGGGCUCCUUGAACGAGCAGCUCCAUAACCCGGAGUUGGAUACUUCGAGUCCCGAUGUCCCGACACGUCGGCGGAGGCUCCAUCUCCGAGCAGCUACUGCUCGAAUGAAGGCGGCUGCGCUGGGCCAGGACCUUGACAUGCAUGAUGCGGAUGAAGACGCCAGUGGCUCCGGAGGGGGACAGCAGUACGCAGACGACUGGAAAGCUGGGGCAGCGCCUGUGGUUCCCCCAGCCAGGCCUCCAAGGCCACCUCGUCCUCCUCGAAGGGAUGGUCUUGGAGUGAGAGGAGGAAGUGGCAGUGCCAGAUACAACCAGGGCCGAAGCAGGAAUCUGGGGUCGUCUGUUGGCCUCCAUGCCCCACGUGUCUUCAUUCUCCUCCCCUCAGCCCUGACCCUGCUUGGACUUCGAUAACAAGCGAGGGGCGCCCUAGCGUCAGGAGGCUUAGUGGCCUUUUCCUUCCACCUCCCUCAGCUGGGCAUGAGGAAGAAUGGAAGGGGGCUACCGGGAGGGCAGAAAGGGACUUUGUAGGUAAAUGGCUGGGGCCCCAAAUCCAGCAGUUUCCUAUUAGUGGGUUGGGAGGGGAGGUAGAUGGGUGUUCAUAAUAUUUAUUUUUUCAUUUGGGAACUGGGGAUAUUUAUUUAGGAAGGGAUUGUGGUUCAGCUCUUUUAAGGCUUGGGUCUCAUUGAUGCAAAAGGCAGGGGGUAGGGGUUGGGGUCGGGUUGAAGGAACUUGGAAGUGGGGAGGGGUGGCACUAUUGGCAUGGGGGUACCUGAUAUUGAAAAUGAACAAAUAAACUAGCUGAGAGUGAUGUCACUUGCCUGUAAACCAUUAUUAUUUUGGAGGCUGAGGCAGGAGGAUUGAACGUUGGAGACCCAUAAAAUUAGGUGCUGAUAGUGGAACAGGCGGGGUGGGAGGUAGGACCUGAGUUUUAUUGACUUUUAAAAUCAUCUGUUUCUUAAAUAUGGGGGAACCCAUCUUGUGACCUUUGCUGUCUAAUGUUUCAGUGUUCACAUCGGUGUUUAUUGGUAAAUAAACAAUUUGACCAUG